CACCAAGCUUCUUUUUCAGCCAUCCUACGAGCCACAAUUUCCAUCCUUACGACUCAUAAAGGCGCAGGCGCAGCAAUUCAUUGCCUAGCAGUAUUUUAUUUUUUAUUUUUAAGGCGGCAGCUCGCAAAGUUCGUACAGAAUGACAGACGCAAAGAGGAAACAGUCGGGUGGUGGCGGUGGUCAUCCCGCGAAGAGAAGCAAGGGUGGACAAGGCUCCGGUAAAUGGCAGACGCCGCAACACAAGGCAAAGGUCGCCAGUCUUCAGGAUAAGGGCGUCGCCCUUGGAGUCGGAGACAAGGGUAUCUGGGUCACCUUUGCCAGAGGCAUGGAUGGAAAGUCCAUUAGCGAAUUCAGCGCACUUUGCGACGAGUACGCAAAGACAAUCUACGGUAUCGUUCCUCCAGGGGAAGAAGUCGAAUCAGAUGAGGAAGACGAGGACAUUGAGGCCUCUAUCAAAAAGGAGCUCGAUGGUAUCAGCGAUGUCAACAAAGGCAAGACUAAGCGUACCUUCAAGGCCAUCAAGGCUGGCAUCGAGUGUGUCUUCUUCAUGAAGACAAGAGACCCCGUCGACCCCUUGGAGCUUUGCCGUAAGAUGUGCUUAGACGCCAGCGUCUGCACUGAUCUCAAGGAGCGAAAGACCAAGUACAUCAACCGACUGACGCCGGUCACCUCUGUGGACAAGGCAUCUGAGAACGGUGUGGCGCGAGCAGCGAGAAAGGCUCUGGCUGCGCAUUUUGAUCUCGUAGAGGAGGCAUCCCACGCCGCAGAAGGCGAUGCCGAGAAGGUUGAGGGGGAAAGUGACGCCCAGGUCGAGAAGCCGGCGUGCACGUACGCUAUUCGACCUUCCAUACGCAGCAAUAACUCGCUUGAUCGCGAUACGCUCAUUAAGCAAAUCGCCAGCGUCGUCAGCCCGCGGCACAAGGUCGAUCUCACCAAUGCUGACAAGGUCAUACUUGUUGAUGUUUUCCAGAGUUUCUGCGGCAUGAGUGUUAUUGAGCGCAGUGACUGGGAUGAUUUGAAGAAGCUCAACGUCAACGAACUGUACAAGGCGUCUCCUGGAGCAAAGGCAAAUCGCCCGGCGCCAAAGGAGGGUGAAGAGAAGACAGCGUGAGUAGUGUACAGGGCCGUGAGGGAUACAUUCGAGAACAUGAAUCAUCCAAGCGACGAAACCACUUAUCGUAUAGCAUUGGUGAGAACCCAAGCGAAACAGGCGGUUGAUCUUUGCGAAUACUAUAUGACAGGAGUUGAGGAAGAGUGCGGUUCACCUAAUUGCAUAUUGUUGGGAAAUGUGCCCCUUACUCUUCCACCUAUUCUUCUCAUGUAGAUGCAUGAUGCUUUCCGCCUCUUGCUGCUUGGGAUGACCCUUUUGCGUGGCAAAGUCAUGUGAAAAUGGUGGAUUUUGGGCUCACUUUGGUUCCCUGUAAAGUCAUCGUGUAGCAAGGAAGCCGA